AUGCAGCAGCGACCAGCAGACGCACAAGCCUCGUCCCGCAGCUUGCCUCGAGACGCCGGCCUCGAGGCGAACGCACCAGUCGAGCGACCCGUCGACACGGCGUCCACCAGGUCCGGGCGGUCCGCCAGCUCGCACCGCAGCGCUCGUCCGCCCGCACCGUCCGCCAACGACCAGGCCACCCUUCCCGCCCUCCCCGACGAGCUCCUCGCCGCCUUGUCGAGGGCACCGCCAGGCGAGGUCGGCCCGUCGGCGUCGGCGUCGAGCCAGGCGCACGGGCGCGCCAGCCUCGCUCUCGACAUCGACCGCCCGACCUUCCUCCACCCGUCGCCGCCGACCCUGCCCGACGUCCCGCCGCAGAGUCCAUUCGGCCUCGCGUACGCCUACCCCCUCGCGUCCUCGUCAUCCUCCUCAUCCGCCCACGCCUCGCCCACGACGCCUCGACCUCCCCCUCAAUCGCCUGGCGCCACGCCCACGGCGCCGCUCGGCGGCUUCUCGUCAAACCGCACCGCGGCCGCCGUACCUUCACCCCCUCUCGAUGCGCCGUCUCGCUCGCCGGCCCCGCCGCAGCAGCGACGCAGCCCUGCGCCGUCCCCUCCCAUCUCGCGCACCCUCCCCUCCGUCUCGCCGAGCAAGCGCAACGUCUUCAAGGCGUUCAGCUUUGGCCGCACGACUCGUCCGCCGCACCCUCCACUACCCGGAGCGCCAGCCUCGAGCGAGUUCGCCGUGCCACCCAACCUCUCGCCGCCGGCGAGCGCAUCCAGCGGCGAGUCGCGCCCGCCCUCGCAGUGGUCCCGCAUCGCCAACGCUCCUCCCGCUCUCGCCACCACCUCGGCGCCGCCCAUCUCGGCCGGCGCAUCUUCGUCUCCCUCCCCCUCAUCGUCCUCGCCCUUCCCCUCGUCGCGCGCUCGAUCCGCCGUCCCGCCCACCGCGCUCCCGGCCCUCGAGCGCACCCGCACGGGCUCGUCCGCCACGACGGCGCCCUCGCUCGACACGGACGGCGACGACGGCGGCGGCAGCGGCGAGGCGGACGAGCUGUCGCGCAGGUGGAGCGCCCGGCCGGGAACGGCGGCCGAGCAGUUCACGCGCGACUUGCGCGGCGCGAGGCGCGAGAGCGUGCGGGCCCUGGGCGGCGCGCAGCACGGCGAGGUGGAGGAAGACGACGAGGAGCGGCUCGUGUACGAUGACGAGGCGGACGAGGACGAGGGCGAGGGGGACGAGGCGCUCGGACCGCGAGGCGACGAGGCGGCGCUCGGGCGGCGCGCGAGCACGAUGAGCUUGCGGCACCAGCUCGCGGCCUUCCCGCAGGUCGAGGACCACCCGCUGCCGCUCUCGUCGCUGCCCGUGCACGUCGAGGGCGGCGACGACGACGGCCCGGCCGAGCGCCUGUCGAAGCUCGACCUCGACGGCGUGUCCGCCGAGCGCGAGGCGUCGUUCGCGUCGUCGGCGCACGAGCCCGAGCUGGAGCAGCGCUCGCCCGUGUCGAGCGCCGACUUUAUCGUCGCCGUCGUCGGGCCCCGGUCAGCCGGCAAGUCGACCGUCAUCCGGCGCGGGCUCAAGCGACCUCCCUCGGCGCCCGUCGUCUUGCAGGAGGACGCCGAGGGGAGCCGCGUCACGACGAGCACGACGUCGUUCAGCAUCAGCGGCGCGAGGAGGACGAUUGAGGUGCUCGAGAUCGACAUGGGCUGCCUGCGGUACAGCGACGAGGGCGUCGUGUGGCCUGACGGCCUGCCCCAGUGCGAGGGCGCCAUGCUCUGCUACGACUCGACCGACCCCGACUCGCUCGACUCGCUGUCCCUCCUCCUCAAGGCGUUCUGGACCCGAGGGUCCGACGUCCCGCUCAUCGUCCUCGCCUGCAAGGCCGCCCCGCCGACGACCGACUCGAGCGCCGCCGGCAUGAACGCGACCGACCCCAAGGCGGCGGCGGCCGUCUGCAACGUGUACGGCGCCGGCAUCGUCACGCUCGACGGUGGCCUCGACGACCCGCAGCGCAAGACCAAGGAGUGCUUCAACUGGCUCAUCCGCCAGAUCAUGGACAACCGCGGCGAGCUCGUCCGCCCGGCGUCGGUCGCGUCGGCCACGGCCACCGCCUCGACCUCGUCCCCUACCACGAGCCGCCGAGGGUCGUUGCGCACCGCGACGCCGCUCGCGUGGGCCACGACGUCCUCGUCGCCCAUCACGUCGCGCCCGCCGCCGACCGGGCCCUUGCCUGAUCCGCCGUCGACGCCGCACGGGCCGCGCUCGAGCCGGCUCGUCCGCUCGGGCUCUGCGUCGCUCGGCCUCUCGGUCGUCGAGGAGGCUCCUCUCGGCACCUCCACGUCGAUGUCGAGCUCGAACGUGCCGGCAGGCGACGGCAACGAGCCCGACUACGAGGCCGAGGCGCAGGCCGUCGUCAGCGCCAUGCUCGCGAGCGUCGCCGCCGACGAGGACGACGACGGGCCACACGCACCAUCGUCGCCUGUGCCGCGGCGACCAAGCGCGCCGGUCGAGCCCGGGUCGGCCGCGCCGACCUACAGGAGCGAGGCGCCGUCGUACCGCUCGCGGCAGGAGGAGAAGGAGGGGUCCGAGCGGGAGAAGGACCAGUUUCACGCCGGCGUCGUGCCGUAUCCUCCUCCAGCAGCAGUCGAGCGACGAGGGUCGACCAAGCCUCAGUCGCUCGACCUCUUCUUCAAGCGCGACGACCUCGUCGACAAGUUCCUCUUUGCGUCCGUCGCCGGCAACGACGAGCAGUUCGUCACGCUCUUCCUCAUCACGUUCCGCCGGUUCGCCCGGCCGUACGACGUCCUCGAGAAGCUCGUCGAGCGGUUCCACUUUGUCGCGGGCAAGAUGGCGAACGAUCCGCUCCUGUGCAGGUUCGGCCAGAUGAAGCUCUGCAGCGUCCUGUCGACCUGGAUGCAGAACUAUCCGGGCGACUUUGCGGCGCCGGCGACGUUCGACCUCGUCGAGCGCUUUCUCGAGAGCCUCCUCCCGAGCGGCGCGACCUGGGUCGCCCACUACGCCUUCGAGCUCGUCCCGCUCCUGCCGUCCAUCGCCAAGCUCGUCGACCCUGAAGCGGGCUGGGCUCUGCCCGACAAGGCGCACGUCGAUCCGGCCUUCUCGCCUCCUCGUCCUCCUCCUGCGCCUCGACCUGCCGCACCGCCCAUGUCGCGUCGCGGCUCUCUCGCCCCGUCGUACGACUCGACCUCGAGCGUCACCCACGACGCGCCCAACACGAGCCCGUCGGCGUCACGCCUGUCGGUCCCCGGCUCGGUCGACAACCCGGGCGAGCCUUCCGCCAGCUUGGGCUUCGGCCUCGGCGCCUCGAUGCAGCGCACGACGAGCGACACGGGCACCGACGGCUCGAGCAGCAUCCUCGCUCGUAACGGCGUGCCGAGCAGUGCCGUCCUCGUCGACCUGAGCAACGCCGUCGUCGAGAUGCGCGAGCAGGACGUGGCGACUCAGAUCACGAGGAUCGCGUGGGACAUCUUUGGCGGCAUGUCGCCUCGCGACCUUCUGCGACACGUUCUCGCGCCGAGGGACCCGCACAACCCCGAGGUGGCUCUGCGCGACUCGACAAGCCCUGUCGCACGCUCCAUCAACUUUGUCAACCACCUCGCGAGCUGGACGGCGACGCUCAUCCUCGUGCAGAGCAAGGUCAAGGCGCGCGCUCGAGUCGUCGAGAAGCUCCUCCUCGUCGCCGUCGCCCUGCGCGAGCAGGAGAACUUCGACUCGCUCAUGGGCGUCCUCGCCGGCCUCAACUCGCAGCCGAUCUUCCGCCUCACCGAGACGAUGGAGCUCGUCACGACCAAGCUCGACGGCGAUCCUCGUGCCCAGCCUCACCGCAUGGCGCAGCCCGACGGCGACAAGAACCGGCUGCCCAAGAAGCUGCUCAGCCUGAACCGGCUCAUGGCGGCGUCGAAAUCGUUCGCGGCGUACCGCCUCGCGCUCGCCAACUCGGGCAUCAACAUGAUCCCGUACCUCGGCGUCCACCUCCAGGACCUGACGGUCACGAACGAGAUGAAGAGCGACAUGCGCGGCGGCAACGUCAACUGGUCCAAGAUGAGCCAGCUCGGCAAGAGCGCCGCCGUCGUCCUCGAUUGCGCCCGGGUCGCGCCCAAGCUCGCCGUCGACCGCACAAUCGAGCGCUGCAUCCUCAAUGCGCCCGUCCUCGAUGAAGAUCGUCAAUACGCCCUGUCCUACGCUCACCAGCCUCGGCAGAACGGCAAGUCGGGCGCACGAGCUCGUCUGCGCGAGUUUGCCAAGUCGACGUUCUGAGCGGCGCCCGCUCGAAGAUACCCUGGCUCGAUGAGAUACCCCCUUCUUCCUCCCUUUUGUCACUCGCUAUACCUCUGCAACACAGCUCGUUAUCCUCUC